CGGGGCGAAGCAGCGUUGACCACAGGGCCUCUGUGUUCUGUGUCCUCGGCCGCCGCCCCCGCUGCCGCGCUGUAUCCGCCCCUCGCCUGCCCUUAGAGGGUACAGGCGACAGCCGUUUCUCUGGGUGGUCGCGCAGCCGCCAGACGUCUCCGCCGAGCUGCUUUUUCUAGCUGGCUGCUGUUCUCGGCUCGGUCCAGGUCGGGGGGUGGGGGGGGGUGGGGAGUAGGGAAAAAUGGCGCCGGCGCCCCAAGGCGUUCGGGAGGAGCCGCUGCUGGAGUGUGGGUCAAGAUUGCUUUCCCGGCUGCUCUUCCUCGCCCAGGCAGUGCUGCUCCUGCUGCCAGCCUCCCGUGCAGGCCUCUGCCCCGCGCCCUGCUCCUGCCGCAUCCCGCUGCUGGACUGCAGUCGCAGGAAACUACCAGCGCCCAGCUGGAGGGCGCUGGCGACCUCGCUGCCCCCCGAUGCCGUCAGCCUGGAUUUGAGUCAUAAUCGGUUGUCUAACUGGAACAUCAGCUUGGAGUCUCAAACAUUACAAGAAGUGAAAAUGAAUUAUAAUGAACUAACAGAAAUCCCGUAUUUUGGAGAACCAACUUCUAAUAUAACUCUCCUCUCGUUAGUUCAUAAUAUAAUCCCGGAAAUAAAUGCAGAAGUGUUCCAGUUUUACCCUGCUCUCGAGACUUUAGAUCUCAGCUCAAAUCUAAUAUCAGAAAUCAAGACAUCUUCAUUUCCUCGAAUGCAGCUUAAAUAUCUGAAUUUGAGUAAUAAUAGGAUAACCGUCUUGGAGGCUGGUUGCUUUGAUAAUUUGUCAAGUUCCUUAUUAGUGGUGAAGUUAAACAGGAACAGAAUUAGCAUGAUUCCACCCAAGAUCUUCAAGCUACCUCACCUCCAGUUCUUGGAACUUAAAAGAAACAGGAUUAAAGUUGUGGAGGGUCUCACAUUCCAAGGGCUUGACUCCUUAAGAUCUUUGAAAAUGCAACGGAAUGGAAUUAGCAAACUUAAGGAUGGAGCUUUUUUUGGCUUGGAUAACAUGGAAGAAUUAGAACUGGAGCAUAAUAACCUUACAGAAGUGAACAAGGGGUGGUUGUACGGCUUGCGAAUGUUACAGCAGCUCUACGUGAGCCAGAAUGCUGUUGAAAGAAUCAGCCCUGAUGCGUGGGAGUUCUGCCAAAGACUGUCUGAACUUGAUUUGUCCUAUAACCAGUUGACCCGUCUGGAUGAAUCUGCCUUUGUGGGUCUGAGCUUACUGGAGAGACUGAAUUUAGGGGACAACAGAGUCACUCACAUUGCUGAUGGUGUAUUUAGGUUUCUUUCCAAUCUACAAACACUAAACUUAAGAAACAAUGAAAUUUCAUGGGCCAUAGAAGAUGCUAGUGAAGCCUUUGCUGGACUCACAAGUCUCACUAAAUUAAUCUUACAAGGAAAUCAGAUUAAGUCAGUUACAAAGAAAGCAUUCAUUGGUCUUGAGUCCCUUGAGCAUCUAGAUUUGAACAACAAUGCUAUAAUGUCUAUCCAAGAAAAUGCUUUUUCCCAGACUCGCUUGAAAGAACUGAUUCUGAACACAAACAGUUUGCUCUGUGACUGCCAUUUGAAAUGGUUGCUUCAGUGGCUGGUUGAUAACAACUUUCAACAUUCUGUGAAUGUAAGCUGUGCACACCCUGAAUGGCUUGCAGGGCAAAGCAUCCUGAAUGUGGAUCUGAAAGAUUUUGUCUGUGAUGAUUUGCUCAAGCCACAGAUAAGAACUCAUCCUGAAACCACAGUUGCUCUGAGAGGCGUGAAUGUGACUCUGACAUGCACUGCAGUGAGCAGCAGUGAUUCACCCAUGUCUGCUCUGUGGCGCAAAGACAGUGAAGCCUUGUAUGAUGCUGAUAUUGAGAAUUUUGUUCGUUAUCAGCAACAGGCUGGAGAAGCUCUGGAAUAUACUAGUGUCCUACAUCUUUUCAAUGUAAAUUUCACAGAUGAAGGAAAAUAUCAGUGUAUUAUUACUAAUCACUUUGGUUCUAACUAUUCUCAUAAAGCCAAACUGACUGUGAAUGAGAUGCCAUCUUUUCUGAAAACUCCGAUGGAUCUCACUAUUCGCACUGGUGCCAUGGCCAGACUAGAAUGUGCAGCGGAGGGGCACCCUGCACCUCAGAUUUCCUGGCAGAAAGAUGGUGGUACUGACUUCCCUGCGGCGCGAGAGAGACGCAUGCAUGUCAUGCCUGAGGAUGACGUCUUCUUCAUUGCAAAUGUGAAAAUAGAAGACAUGGGAAUCUAUAGCUGCAUGGCACAGAAUAUAGCAGGCGGUCUCUCAGCAAAUGCCUCACUCAUCGUGUUAGAGACACCCUCAUUUAUUAGACCCCUGGAGGACAAGACAGUAACCCGAGGUGAAACUGCAGUAUUACAGUGCAUAGCUGGAGGGAGUCCCGCCCCUCGCCUCAACUGGACCAAAGAUGAUGGACCUUUGCUGGUGACAGAACGACACUUCUUUGCUGCAGCCAACCAGCUUCUUAUCAUCGUAGAUGCUGGGCUAGAUGAUGCUGGGAAAUAUACCUGCAUUAUGUCAAACACUCUUGGGACAGAACGUGGUCACAUUUACCUAAAUGUGAUUUCAUCCCCCAAUUGUGACUCUUCCCAGAGUAGCAUUGGACAUGAAGAUGAUGGUUGGACCACAGUUGGCAUUGUGAUCAUUGUUGUGGUCUGCUGUGUAGUGGGUACCUCUUUGAUCUGGGUCAUUGUUAUUUACCACAUGAGAAGGAAAAACGAAGACUACAGCAUCACGAACACAGAGGAACUCAAUCUGCCUGCAGACAUUCCCAGCUACUUAUCUUCCCAAGGAACACUGUCUGAACCACAGGAAGGCUACAGCAACUCUGAGGCAGGCAGUCAUCAGCAACUUAUGCCUCCUGCCAAUGGAUAUUUACACAAAGGCACUGAUGGUGGCACUGGCACCCGAGUUAUCUGCUCGGAUUGCUAUGACAAUGCUAACAUCUACUCCCGGACCCGAGAAUACUGUCCGUACACCUAUAUUACUGAAGAGGAUGUUCUGGAUCAGACACUGUCCAGCCUCAUGGUCCAGAUGCCCAAAGAGACUUACUUGGCACAUCCUCCCCAAGAUGCCACUACCCUGGAGAGCCUGGUGUCGUCAGCAGAUAGAGAGAGAUCUGCCUUUCCCACCAACCAUGAGCGGAUAAAUGAGAAGAAACUUUCCUCCACACAGAUGAGCAGUGAAACCUUGCAGCGGCCUCUGUGGAACAUAAGCAGAGAACCAGGUAUGCCUCAUCCUCCUUUUCCCCAGCAGUCAGUCCUUGAGUCAUCACCACUCCAUCAAAACGAGGGCCUGGCAGAGAGUGAUCCAGACUGUUCCACUUCCCCCAUACCCUGUCACAGGUUACACGACCACACUUUUGAUUUUAGUAGGACUCGGAACAUUCAAGAUGGCAGUGAGGGCACAUGAAACUCACUCUAGGAUGAAAUUUCAGCAGACUCAGAUUAGUUGAUUUUGUAUUUACUACCUCAGAGUUCAGAAGAAACCCCAGAGUCAGCAUUUGCUUUACUUACGUCUACAAUUCUAUCUGACCACACCAAGGUAGGCUGGGCAUUCGUUUGGCUUAUACUUGAUGAAGAAAGGGUAACGGCUGACCGAAAUGGGUACAUCUAAUAGAAAAUGUGCAACCCGGGCAGAGGAAGAUAAAGGACAAAGUGCUUUCUGAUGGUUCUGCCGGGAUGUGCCCAGGUGUGCAUGGCCUCUUAGGAAGAGUCUUCUUGCUGCUUAAACACCUUGGAUUGUCUCAACCUACAGAAUGACCCUGAAUAAACAACGCCAUUUUGUUUUGCCUUCCAAGGAAGAGAAAUAACUUUGGAGGCCCCUGGGACGUGUGCCUGGGAUUCUGCAGUGAUUUUAAACGAAUAGUUGAGAGUGGGGCUUUGAUAUUCAAGGUCGUCGACAGGAAUCCCAGACUUGACCAAUUGUUACCAGGUCAAGAGUUUUGUAUUCUUGUGACUCUCUCUCUUUUUUGGUUCAGGGGUCUCAUUGUAAAUAUAUGUGCAUUUAUAAAUAAUUUUUGUAUUCAUUGAUCAUAUGUGUUGCAAUGUAAAUAUUUUUGAUAUGCUAAAAUUAUAUAUAUAAUAUCCAGUUAUAAUAUUGACAACAGCUUCUCAGACCACAGAUUUUGUACAACUUGGUUUAGUGAAUCCAAAGAUUUUGUUUCGAGUUUUGAAUACAUACUUGUUAAGAAGUAUAAUAAGUAUAGAAGCACGGUACCUAGUGAUUGCGUGCACACAAACACAAUCUUGGUGUAAUUAACCACUUUCUUGAUACCUAAAGAUUCAUACAUCUAAUCAUUUGUCAUCUGUUUACAAGUGCCAGGUAAUAUAAUCUUUCUAGCAUAAAAAGACUUUCAAAAGACUAGUAGUCUUGUUAUUGCCAUAUACACAUAGAUAAAGGAAAACUUGUUUUGGGAAUAUCUUCGUUCAGCAAAGUACUUUGUUGAUGAGGAAACCAAAGAUUGGUGUUUUUCUCUCUGUGUGUGUUUGUUUUAAACAGUUUAAUAUCUCUUUUGCCAAUGCACAGUAUAUCUUAAGGGAAUACUGCUAUGGGGAAGAACAUGCAGAAACUCAUAAAACUUCAGCAUGGUCCUUGUUUUGUACAAGUGAUUAUUUAAGCCAAAAUGUUUUCUUGAAUUUCUGAUAGCAGAAGGCUUUAUGUUAACAAAAGACUUAGUGCUGUAAUAAAGUGUAAUGAACUAAAGCUCUUCUUUCUUUCUGCUUUCAGAAAGAAAGGCUGUCGGAUUCUGUCCUCUGAGUUUAGUGAGGAGUAGUUAUGUACUAGAUGAAUUCAGUCACUUAAAUGAAAAUAUCAGUUUUUAAGUCAUUGUACAUUUCAAGGGUUUUAAACUUUACGUAAUUUCUCAGCUCUUUGCCAAGAAGUUUGGCUGAAUAUCAUACUAGUUUUCAAUCCUGUUUUUGUCCCAUAGGCAGUAGCACUUUGUAGCUGUUUUAUACUACCACAUCUUUCUUUUUUUUUCCUUUUUAAAUAGCCUCAUUCAUUUUCAUUUUGAACUUAAGUACCACUGUUUUCUUCUCCUUUCAAUUUUGGAUCCCUCUUCUUACUUACUAGGUUGUAUUAAUAGUGUAGCUUGUACUGGGCUGACUUAGAAUCAAGAAACCUGAUUUAGUUUUAGCUCUGCUGCUUACAAGUUGUAUAAUAAAGGGCAAGUCUCUUUACUUCUCAGCCUGACUUUUUCAUUUGUGAAACGAUGUUUUACUAGAUGCUCUAAAGCCCUUUCCAGCUGUAACGUUCUAUGAAUCUGUGGUCCCUCCAGGAAUCAAGGAGGAUUAUCUACUCUAAUAAAAAGCUGCUUUCAUGAAAUAUUUGUUAGAGUAGAACAGGAGUGAUGCUGCUUACUCUGACUUGAGCCAGAUUUAUUUCCUCUAUAGCAGGAGUAAUGCUAUAAGAACCUUUCAUGAGGAGAAAAUACCUUCAGCUUCAAAAACAGUAUCAGUAAACGUGAAGAAUCUUGACUAGAUUGAGAACCACCCUUGGUGUGUUACAGCACACCAGAGUAUCUGAAUCUGUUGAGAGGUAUGCCACUGCUAAUUAGUGACCAGUUUAUGACUUACCUUUCUAAUGUAUUCAAGGUCAUUCUUCUAAUUAUAGUACUCUGACGCACAUUCUGAUGGACUUUCUUCAGUGAGAAAGGUGGAGUUAGAGCAAGGCUGCAGUGAGCAUCAGCCAUUACAUGUGAGAGGACAAAACCAGUGCUCCAGAAAACUUCUCCUUUAGCAGUGGACCCUCUACUGCCCCUGGUGUCAGGCUGCUCCUGUGUAGCCAGGUUCUCUGUUGUGUCAGCUGGCUGAGAUGUCCUCCCAGAUAUUGCUAGCUUUCCUAAAUAAAAACACUCGCCUAAAAAACUAGUCAGGAAUUUGGUUAAAUGGGGAUAGUCUACCCCUGGUCUUAAAAAUAGUAAAUUUAAUAAAUUCUAAUCUUAGGAGGUGGAAUUCCUGAAAUUUUUCAUUACUGUGUGUUUUUGACCAAGCAGAUGCUCUGCUAUAAACAGGAUUAGUGGCUCAUCAUUGUUUCCUCCCAGCCAUGUAAUGUCUGCCUGCCACCGAUUUAAUCAGAAAUGUUGUAAGAGCAAGGCAAACAAAUGCCGAGAGAAAUACUCUGUCCCCCACCCAAUUACCACUUCAUAACAGUAGGGAUGCAUACAUUCUCUUCAUUUGUUUGUGCCCCUCUGAGACUGAUUCUGUAAGCCUACCUUGAAGAAGAAAUAAUGUUUUUCUUGUACUUCAAGCUUCUCUGCCACAGAAUCUACAAGUGUACCCUGUUGGCUUUCUGUCAUUCAGCCUCUGAUGUGGUUUCCCUAGAUGCAGGUGAAUCUGUAGAACAGGAAGUACCAGAAACCCAGCCCAAAGUGCUGUCCCCUCUAAUGUGCCAUCUUAUAAUGCUUUAAAUGUGUAUACUUCUGUAAGGUAAAUGUCAUGUUUAAAAACAGUUACCUUCAUGUUGCCCAUUGGGAGGUUGUAAAAGAAACAUUAAGAUGUUAAGCAACUCAAGAAUCUUACCCAUUUUCCUAAGAAGAGGGAGAGAUAAAGUCUUUAGUUAUGUAGAGGGUUGUCAUAGGGAACAAGGAUUAGAUGAACUCUUUUUAUUCCAUUGGACAGGGGUCAUAUCAGUGGGACAGAAGUUACAGGGAAAUAGAGUUUAUACACUUGCCAAUAAUUCUAUAUAUCCUAACACUCUAAAAAUUAGAUUUGUCUGACAAUAGGAAUAAUCAGCCUUUGAUGGGAGAAGUAUGCACAGAAGCCAAGUAAUCAUCUAUUAAGAGCAUUGGAGAAAUUUCUGUAUUGAAAUGGAAUAUGGACAAGAUGACUUAAACCCUCUUGCAGUUUUAUCAUUGGAAUUCUCCAGAAGCAGUCAGACAGUCUAAAAUCUUCGUCCUUCAGAAUCCUUUGUAUACAGUAAGUUUACUGUAUAAUUUUUAAAAAUUUAUUUUUAACUAAAAGAUUAUGUUCUUUGGUUGACAAAAGGAGCCUGUUCUGUGUUAAUGCAAACCUGAAACUGGGCUUAUUCUUUUGAGGAAAUCUAUAAUGUUCCUAAGCCAAAUGGCGUUACCGUAAUAAAAAAAUGUUACAGCUUAUAACCCCUUUACUCUUUAAUUUUUAUUCCUGUUUCUUUUUUUUUUUAUUCCCCACCCCCUCACCAUUUCUGUAUCAAUGGGACUCCAUGGGAAUGGGAAUGGGAAUGGGAUUGUGGUGGUGUUUUGUACCCAGUGUUUUACCCAAGUGUGUUGUGGCCUCUUCUAAUCGUGUUCAUAGCCACAGAAAUGCCAAAGGAGUGGUGAACUAACAGAGGUAAAUUGGCUGUCAUUUUAUGCUACAUCUUCCAUUUCUUAUUUUGCUUCUUAUGCAAAUUAUAGAAGUAAUUGUGAAGCAACUGGACCUCAAGAAAGUUGAGUUAAGAUUGCUAGGCAACCUGUUAGUAACGUUUCAUUUUUCCAUUACGUGGUCUCUUUCCUAGUUCAGUUUUGGCAGAUGUUUUUCCCUCUUGCUUCUAACCUAAAACUUUUUUGUUUGGAGUACAGUCUAAGUCAACAUCAGUUAACCUUAAUUUUCUUCCUUCUUCCUCUUUCUUUCCUUUCUCCUUCCUUCCUUCCUUUCCUCAGUUCCUCUCUUUCACAACUGCUUGGUUUGUUGACAAAAGUAACAUGUUCUGAAUUGAGAUAUGUUACAAACUUCUCUUAACAACACCUGAAAGCCCAUGAAUCACCUGGAGAUUUUGUGGGUAGUGAAGGACGUGUGUGUGUGUGUGUGUGUACCUGUGCAUGUGUGAGGAGUAAUACUUGGACCUGCUCCCUCAAGGUUGUAUGUUGAGUGUUUCUUAGCAGUUCUAAUAAUCUCUACCAACAGGUGGGGUGAAGGUAAAGAAACAGCUUGAUUUGAACCUGUUUUCAAAUGUAAGGAGUGAAGUGAUCUUUUGUCAUUUCUAAUUGAUCAGCAGGUGGUCAAGUGCUCUUUGGAUAUCUCUUGGCUACUUAAAGUGGCCUCUUGAUCCAUCGAGAGACUACUUCUCCCUCUCCUUUCCCUUUCUCCCUUUUUACCUGUCAGAGGAUGUCAGUCUGAGCUGCUGUGGUACUCGAUGUAUGUAAAGAGAAUUAUAAGCCAAGUUGUCGUUCAGUGUGGCCCUUCCUAGUAUCUAUUUAUAUUUUCUCACACAUGAGAAUGUAUAUUUUAUAAAGCAUGUGUUUGUCUACUUGUUUGUCUACGGUAAUGUCUUCAAUAAAGCUAAAAUACAUGAUGA